AUGCUGAAGGGUUGCAGUCCUUGCCAACACAAUCAACGUGCGUAUGUAAAGGAACCACUUACACUUCACGACAUUCCACCUAAACCAUGGCACACACUUGGCUCUGACUUUUUUUUUUUGAACAAUAAGUCUUACCUUGUGGUAUCAGAAGUAUCAGAUUAUUAUAGCAAGUUUCCUUUGAUUCGUAAGCUUCGUAAUAUCCAGGUCAAACACUGUUAUUACACUCAGUUUACUUCAUCAGGGUUCACGGAAUUUAGUAAGGCAUGUGGUUUCGAACAAGUUACAACCAGUCCUUACUAUUCCCAAGCAAACGGGUUUAUCGAAAGGAACGUGCAGGCGGUGAAGAAUUUGUUACAGAAAUGCAAAGAGUCCGGAUCGGAUCCACAUCUCGCUAUGCUUUGUGUGCGAACAACACCCGUCAACCAUCACCUGCCGUCACCUGCAGAAAUAUUGAAUUCCAGAACCUAUCAAUCCAACCUUCCUAGUUUGUGUAAACCAACUUUGUUUCCGAAGAUAGAUAGACGAUGA